ACCCACGUGGUGAGAAUAAGGAAAAAUGGCGUCUCAGAGUGAAGCAAUGGGUGAGACAAAGAAGAGACUCUCUUUGUCUAGAAAGCGAAAAAGAUCUCUUAAUGAGAGUGGGAAUGAAGAUAAAAGCUCAAGACUUUGCAGUGUAGUCUACGAGGUCUGUGACUCAUCCAAAAGCUACGAUUUAGGUUCAAAUUCCUCAAAUCCUGUGAUUAUUCUAAGUGAUAGCGGUGAUGAAGAGAGAGACCAGAAAUCAAAUUCUAGCUUGCCUUCUCUCCGUCCGCUCGCAGUCUCCCCAAUUGUCUCAAAUUACAGUCUAGUCUCUCCUUCCUCCCACAGUACUGUACUCUCCUUAUUACGUUCUCCGGCCAAAUCGACACCAAAAAAUCAGCCGCUAAGAAAGAAAAAAGACACUCUACUCGACCACACCCAAAUGAAAUUAGACACAUUUUUUCAAAUACCCAAAAGGCUAAAGACUCUUAACGCCGAGACUAUCAAUCGUUCUAAACAAAUUAAAAAUGAACGCAACUCGACUUCAAAAUUUACUCCAUUAUUGACACGGCCUACCAUUGGUUCAGUGCCUAAAAGACGCGUAAAGAGAGAACAUUUUGUUAAGCCAUCGACUACAGAGCACGCUGGUAAACACUUGGAACAUAAGUGGAUCCCUGAUACAAGUAUUACGGUCGAUGCUUUUUCUUAUGGUAGCAUCAAUGGUUGUACCAGUUACUUUUUAACACACUUUCAUUCUGAUCACUAUGCUGGUCUUAACAGUCGGUUUGCACAUGACAUAUACUGCUCAAAGGUCACUGGUAACCUUAUUAUCCAGGAGCUAAAGGUUAAGUCAGACAUUGUUCAUCCUCUCCCUCUGAAGGAAGAGAAGCUGAUCAACGGAGUCCAGGUGACACUAUUGGAUGCCAACCACUGUCCUGGAUCAGUUUUGUUACUGUUCAAAUUGCCGAGUGGUAAAGUCAUACUUCACACAGGUGAUUUCAGACUAAGUCACUCAAUGAUUGAUCAUAAUUUCUUCCUGACCACACCGAUCGACACACUCUUCCUUGACACAACCUAUUGUAGCGCCAGGUAUGAUUUUCCCCCUCAAGAUGAUGUUAUUUCGUUUGUUGUCAAUAUUGUCUUGGAGAGGAUGGUAAAAGAUCCUGAUACUCUGAUAGUUUGUGGGGCAUAUACAAUUGGAAAAGAGAAGAUAUUUACAGCUAUUGCUAACUCAUUAGGCUGCCAGUGUUAUGUUAGCAAGGAGAGGUACAAGAUACUUCAGUGUUUAGAAUCAAAGGAGAUCAUGUCAGUAGUUAAUUGCCAUUCACCAUUGGCCUCACCAAUACAUGUAAUGUCACUGAAUAAAAUGAAUGUAGAGGAACUCACUCUAUAUCUUCGACAUUAUUCAACUCACUAUACUUCCAUACUGGCUUUCAAACCAACUGGCUGGACGGCAACUACCAAACACAACUCACUGCAAGACAUUAGACCAGUUGUGAGAGGCGUGGUCACCAUGUACGGUGUCCCAUACAGCGAACAUAGCAGUUUCUCGGAGCUUAGGACUUUCGUUCAAAGUCUGAGUCCUCAACGAGUCAUUUCAACAGUUGGAGGGGCCACUGCUAGGAGAACUGCUGAGUCACAGUGUGCCAAGUGGAUACAGGAACGUUGUCAUGGAAACAAAGGAGUGAAAGUCCAAGCGACUUUAGAUAAAUUUAGAAAAAACUGAAUAGACCGUUUCAUUGUGUUAAUUCUUUAUUAUCAUUAUAACUCCGACGAUAUUAUUAUAUUCCUUAUA